GCUAGAGACUCCCCUUUUCACGUACAUCACUGAACAUCUGGGCAACGUUAGUAGUGGCGCAGCAUCAGCCAUAUAACUACAUCCAUGACGACAGGCAGCUCUGUAAGAAAGCGCCAUAGGGCCAGUGCCAAUGGAGCAGGGGCUGGUGCAGUAAACCAUGCACAAGAGCCAGCACAGUGGGGAAGAGCAUGGGAGGUGGAUUGGUUCUCUCUGACAGGCGUGGUACUGCUGCUGUGUCUCGCCCCCUUUAUCGUGUUUUUCUUCGUCAUGGCAUGUGAUCAGUACCAGUGCUCCGUCACCCAUCCAUUACUGGACCUCUACAACGGUGAUGCCACCCUGCUCACCAUCUGGAAUCGAGCCCCUUCCUUCACAUGGACUGCUGCCAAGAUCUACGCCACAUGGGUCACUUUUCAGGUGGUGUUGUACAUAUGCAUUCCGGAUUUUUUGCACAAGAUCUUGCCAGGCUACGUGGGAGGAGUUCAGGAUGGUGCCCGAACACCAGCAGGCCUAAUAAAUAAAUAUGAGAUCAACGGUCUACAGUGCUGGAUAAUAACUCAUGUUUUAUGGGUGGCCAAUGCACAAUACUUCCACUGGUUUUCUCCAACCAUCAUCAUCGACAACUGGAUCCCUUUGUUGUGGUGCACAAACAUCCUCGGCUAUUUCGUGUCCACUUUUGUUUUUUUCAAAGCUUAUCUGUUUCCUACCAAUCCAGAGGACUGUAAAUUCACAGGCAACAUAUUUUAUAAUUACAUGAUGGGAAUUGAGUUCAACCCACGUGUAGGAAAAUGGUUCGACUUUAAGCUUUUCUUUAAUGGACGGCCGGGUAUUGUAGCGUGGACUCUUAUCAACCUGUCAUAUGCUGCCAAACAGCAGGAGCUGUAUGGUUACGUGACAAACUCCAUGAUCCUGGUCAACGUUUUGCAAGCCAUCUAUGUGUUGGACUUCUUCUGGAAUGAAGCCUGGUACCUGAAAACUAUUGACAUCUGCCAUGAUCACUUUGGCUGGUACCUGGGAUGGGGAGACUGCGUCUGGCUUCCUUUCCUUUAUACACUGCAGGGACUUUACCUGGUCUACAACCCCGUCCAGUUAUCCACACCCCACGCUGCAGGUGUCCUCAUCCUGGGUCUGCUGGGAUACUACAUCUUCCGUGCAACGAACCAUCAGAAAGACCUUUUCCGUCGCACAGAGGGCAACUGCAAAAUCUGGGGUAAAAAGCCCACUUUCAUCGAAUGUUCCUACCGAUCGGCCGAUGGUGGCCUUCACAAAAGCAAGCUGAUGACAUCAGCCUUCUGGGGAAUGGCCCGCCAUAUGAACUACACGGGCGACCUGAUGGGCUCGCUGGCGUACUGCAUGGCCUGUGGCGGCGAGCACUUGUUGCCGUAUUUUUACAUCAUCUACAUGACCAUCCUGCUGGUACAUCGCUGCAUACGUGAUGAGCACCGCUGCAGUUGCAAAUACAGCAAGGACUGGGAACGCUACACCGCCGCCGUGCCCCACCGUCUGUUGCCCGGCAUCUUCUAGAGUAGUGGUUCUCAAACUGGGGGCCGUGGCCUCCUGGGGGGCCCCAAGAUUGUUCCGGGGGGCCACAGAUUUUGUGGCAUUUUAGAAAUAUGGAUAUUUAUCAUAAAUUUUGUGCAAUAAAACAUCAGAAAAACAACGCCACCAACCAAAAGAAUUUAUGUUUUAGCAUUGUUUAACUGAAUAUUUUCUUGGUUUAAUUAAAAUUUUAAGUUUAAGAUUAUAAGUCUUUAUUUGGGGGGCCGCAAAGCAAUGCACUCUACACAAAGGGGGCCUUACAACAAAAACGUUUGAGAACCACUGUUCUAGAGUGAACGUAUUCUCACAUAUCCCAGAAUACAAAUCUUGUUUUAACCACCACGGCCUCGUACACCAAAGCCACUUGUUUUCUGUGGCUGCCUGUACUGGUUCAUUUCUAAACUUUUAUGGACGUUUGUCUUUCAGGUAGUUGGAAUGGAAUGGUGUAUGAAUGAAUGAAAGGUUUUACAAAGAUGAGUUUGCUUGUUUAUGUGUGAGUGUGGUGUGCAUGGGAAAAUAUCUUACAGGAUUUUCAAGGCGACACACUUCUAUAUAGAAUGGACUUCAAAAACCGCUAGCUGCUAAAUAUACUGUGAUCAACUCAAGUCUCAAUGUUCCUACCUUUGAACAUAUUUCACCAUUCCUGUUGGUGGUGGUUUCUCUAAUUUGUUUAAUGUGGAGUAAAAAACACUGUAGUUUUUUAAUGGUACAGGUUAAAGGAGGCAAAAAUACUACAGAAAUUCUGGUAUGAAUACUAUUACUUCUGUUUGUUUUACCAGCAAAACAAUUCAAAUAGAAAAUUUGAACAAACGAUUUUACAGGUUGUCUUUAUUUCUUUUACUGGUAAACUUAUUGUGUCUCUCACUGUAGGUGCUGAACAA